AUGGCUCGUAAAAAUUCUCAGAAGACAGAUACCUCUGGGGCUAUUGUUUUUGAUAGCCGUACAAAGGCAGUCAUGGCUCAGGUGGGCCAGGAUAAUGUCAAAGAAAAGGUUCAGGCUGUGAAAGAAGUUGUUCCUGGUAGAAGUAAUAAUGAAAUGAUUCUUGUACUUCAGUACUAUGACUACUGUGUUGAGAGGACCAUACAGGCAUACCUUGAGGAUGGUGCUAAGGAAGCUUUAAAAGAAUGGCAUUUCUCAGAAAACAAGGUAUCCAAACACAAGAAAAAGAAGAGUAAAAAGAGCCAGUCAAAUCAGAACCAGUCUGCUGACCAACAAAAGUUGAAUUCUCAAGCUCAGGCCAACAACAAUACAAACGCUCGAUUAUCAAAUGGUAUUGUUAAUGAUAACGUGCCUACAGGUAUCAACUCCACAAUUCACAUUGGUAAAAACGUUUCUCGAACAGGUGUUGUUGUAUCGACGUCAUCUUCAUCAUCAUCAUUAUCACGAGGGGACUCCCACGUGGCUGCCUCCACCUCACUUAAAGGUGAAAGUUCCUUAGGGCCAACCUCCUCACAUAAGGACUUGAAUGAUAGUGCUGCUGCUACGGGUGCUAGCAAAUCUGAGUCUGCAACUGACAACGAAUCCGAUCGUCACAAACACACAGUACAAUCCUCACAACAUGCCGUUGCCUCCUCCAAUUCUGAUACAUAUCAUGGCUCUCAGGAAUCAAGUUUAAAUGAUACUGAUUUGCCUCGGGUCAAGCCAGGCGUGACUCAGAAUUCUGAAAAGUCAAAGAUGAAGCAGAGGCAAAAAUCUGUAAAAGCAGCAAAGCCAGGUCUUGAGAAAUCGUCCAAAGAUUUGCAUCGACAAACGAUUGCACUUGAGAGGUUGGAGUUAGUGUUGACAGAAGAAAUAGAUAAAGCAUACAAACGAAUAAAAAAUGUUUUUGAAGAAAUGAAGUCAUGGUAA